UUUUUCACUGGGCUUCGGCACGUAAACAAAUCAAAAUUUUUCCUCCGAAUUUUUGUGUGUGAAAAUCGUUCCAAAACGGGAAAAUUGCGUUCGUAUUUCAGUUGUAAGUUGUACAUUUGUCGUGAUAGUUUGUUGGAAAAAGUGAAUCAAGUGGAGAAAGUUUGAAAUUGUGCCACAUACGGGUUCAAGUGGACGCAGGAAAAAGUGGAUCGAAAAACCUAUUCGUCAACAACGUCAGAAGAAGAAGAAAAUCCGACUUUCUGGGAGAUUCCUCCGAUUCUUCUGUUUUCCGGUGGAGAGUGGGGAUAAAAUUUGGUCACCAGAUGUUCCGUCCCGUGGCUGCCGGCGUACAUCUCGACACAACGAACCUGUGAGAAGUGUGUCGGGUCGGGUGUUGGAUUGCGGGGGGUUUGGGUUGACGCAAAUUUAGGAAGAUAACGGAUCGACAGAAUGUUGACGCACAAGAACAAUCAAGGCGGACGGAAGAAGAUGCAGGUGUCGUUUGUGAUACGGGACGCGGAGGAAAAACGGCACCGCAACGGAGUCAACGCCCUGCAGCUGGACACGAUCAACGGGAGGCUGUAUUCGGCCGGUCGGGAUGCGAUUAUCCGGGUUUGGAACUCGAUGCAGAACAAUUCCCAGGAACCGUACAUCCAGAGCAUGGAACAUCACAACGAUUGGGUGAACGACAUUGUCCUGUGCUGUGGGGGGAGAAAUUUAAUAAGUGCCAGUUGUGACACCACGGUAAAGGUUUGGAAUGCCCACAAAGGGUUCUGCAUGUCGACUCUUCGGACACACAGGGAUUACGUCCAGGCUUUGGCCUAUGCAAAGGAUCGCGAACAGGUGGCCAGUGCCGGUUUGGAUAAGGCCAUUUUUCUGUGGGACAUCAACACCUUGACGGCGCUUACGGCAUCGAAUAACACCGUUACAACAUCGAGCAUAACUGGUUCCAAGGACUCGAUCUACAGCUUAGCCAUGAAUCCAUCCGGUACGGUUAUCGUAUGCGGUUCCACCGAGAAUACCCUCCGAAUCUGGGAUCCCCGGACGUGCAACAAGAUUGCCAAACUGAAAGGUCACGCGGAGAACGUGAAGGCGUUGGUCGUGUCCGAAGAUGGCCAGCAUGUAAUCUCGGGCAGCUCGGAUGGGAAGAUAAAACAGUGGAGCAUCGGACAGCAACGGUGUGUCCAGACUAUAAGUGUCCAUUCGGAGGGAGUUUGGGCUCUGCUGAUGACGGACAACUUCUCGCAUGUCAUUUCGGGAAGCAGGGACAAGAAAAUCAUUAUGACUGACCUGCGCAAUCCAACGAACAGUGUACUGAUCUGUGAAGAACGUGCGCCUGUACUGAGUUUAUGUUAUAACUACGACCAAACGGGAGUGUGGGCGACCACAUGGAACAGCGAUAUCCGAUGUUGGAAGUUGAACCCUUCGGAGAAGCUAAGUAAUUACAAUUACAGCAGUAGCAGUAGUAUUAACAGUAGCAGCGGCGUGGGAGCUGCUGUAGGUGAUGGAAUCCUGGUAACGACGAAUUCGGCAUCAUCGACGACAGCUGGAGCAGGUGCAGCAGCGGGAACUAGUGCCGGGCAGGGGAAAGGCUUCGAAGUUGCAUGCAUUAAGGGUGGAGCUGCGAUUAAAAAGUAUCACGUACUGAACGACAAGCGGUUUAUGCUGACGAAGGACAGCGAAAUGAAUGUGGCAAUCUACGACGUUUUGAAGGUGAAGAAAGUGGAAGAUCUUGGAAAGGUGGACUACGAAGAGGAAAUCAAGAAGCGUAGCCAGAAAGUGUACGUUCCCAACUGGUUCACGGUGGAUCUCAAAACAGGGAUGCCAACGAUCGUUCUCGGCCAGGAUGAGGUGGACUGUUUUGCUGCAUGGGUCUCUGCCGAAGCUGGUCUUCCAGAACAUGCUGAAUCCGGAACGGAUCCGAAAGUCAACUAUGGAAGUCUGCUGUUGCAAGCCCUGUUGGAAUAUUGGAAACCUCCGCCUCCCCAUCAUCAUCUACAGGGCGUUGGUUCGGACCUGGAUUCAAACGGAUGCGACGGUGACAUCCGGGGAAAUGAAUACUUCAGUGUCCCCAAGCAUACGCCAAUAAUUUUUAGUGAAGUUGGUGGCCGAAAUGUUUGCCGGUUGCUGGUUAAAGACGCCGUUGGAGAGACCGAAAGUGCCCUGCUUAGCGAAACGGUUCCCUCCUGGGUCACCAACGUAGUCAUCGAACGGACCAUUCCCAAGUUCAUUAAGCUUCCGUUCUACCUACUGGCGCACCCAUCCAUGUUGAAACAGGAUCGCAGUAAAAAGGAACGGUUGAUCGCCAACGAGUUCAUCCAGUGCCGCAAGGUGUGCGAGCACGUGCUGGAGAAGGUACUCGGGGCGGACCUACCGGCCAGCACCGGCAACUCCAACUCGUCCCAGAACAACAGCCAAAGCGAUGCCAACUCCGAGGGCAGCCAAGUGCCGGCCGAGGAACGAAUCGAACUACUGUGCAACGAUGUGAUUUGCGACCCCAACAUGGACCUCCGGACGGUGCGGCAUUUCAUUUGGAAGCAAUCGUCCGAUCUCACGUUCCACUACCGAACAAAGUCAAACUAAGGUUCCGCAGGGCAGCGCAGGCCGUUUGUUUCCUUUUCUGCAGGCCUCUGAUACGUAUAAGGAGGUACGCAAAGCGACAGAGGAUGAUGAGUGUGUGUAACUGAGCAGUGUGAAAGAUUGUGCGCAUCCGUUAGAUAGAAUUUAGCAAUGUUAUCGUACGUUUACUAAGUUAUUUAUGCACUCGCACGUAAAGGUGCAGUGUACAACAUGUUUUUAAGUGGCGUAGUAUUCCUGUUGUAGUAAACUGUACGUUUCCGAGUAGUGACUCGCAAA